AUGGAGGGCAUCCUCAUCAACACCUACAAACAUGACAACAUCCAUCACCACCACCACACCCAACAACAACAACAGCAACAACAAGAACAAGAAUACUGGAAGCACCUGCGACAAGCUGACAACGACCAUCGAUCCCGAGAAGCUAUUCUGCGACACCUCCAACCCUAUAUCGAGACUGAACGCCUUCGCCAACAUCAACGACAGGUCCAUCAAUUACAACAGCAGAACCAUCUACAACAACAGCUGUUGUCGCAGCAAGAGAAACGGCUUGCGGAAGAGCUCGAGUGGUUACAGAGGCAUCAGCGGAAGCAAGCUGCUGCUAUUGAGAGGCAGAGACAGGCUGCUUUGUUGCGUGGGGGACAGAAGGCGCAGGCGGGGGGAGAGGGAGAGAUUCAACAGGAUGACCGUUCGGGCCUCGUGAAACAGGGAGCACUGGUCGGACUAUCAGUGCAAGAGCUCUGGGGCCGUAUCCCGUCGACCAAGAACCAUAUACAGCCAAACGAGAGACACCAGCAUCAGCAACAAACUCAACCGCACCAGCAACAGACGCAACAACAAACCGAGGUGGAGAAGAGACAGCAUCGUGAAAAACGGGAACUCUGGGAGUUGUACAAAUUGAGGAAGCAACAAGAGCAAGAGAUCGUCGAGCGCCGACAACUGCAGCAACAACAACUGCAACAAGCACUCCUGUCGAACAAAUUAGAACAACAACCAUCUGUAAAAAAGGACGAGGCGUAUUCGGAGCUGAUUAAACCGGGACCAUCGCCAGGACAGGAAUCGAAAUCAAGCAAGGCCCUACCCCGAUAUAACCGACCCCUCAUCCCUGCACCUCUGAACUGGGUUCAAUCCACCAUUGACAUUGACAACAACAACCAAAACGGUAUCGAAGACAGCGACGAUGACGAAGAAGUUGGCUUUGAAGGAGAAGAUCACCUAGGACAGCACUACAAUCAACAAGAUCAAUACGACUGGCGAGGUCUCCGCAGGCUCAGCAAGGUUUACGUCCCUCUCCCACGACGCAAGCGAGGUCGCAAGGGACGAGGAGAUUUCUUCGAAGAUGACUACCAUGCGGGUUUCAACAAGAUCGAGAUCCAUACGUUGUCGUCAGCUGGGAAGGCUGCUUAUGAAGCACAGCGACAGAAUCGACAGCACCACGAUGCACCACCACUACCAGGAGCAGUCAUUGCUUAG